AGCAGUAAGCAACGUGGUUCCGGGUGGCAUUCGUCUGUUCUCGCGAUAUCCUACAUGCCCCACUUUCUUCUCGUCCAGCAUGGCCGCGCUGUAUGAGGGUUACACGUUGUGCGGACUUGUUCCAGCACAAAAUCUGUCAAAUUCAGGCAUUCAGGGCAUCGAACAGGAGAGAGACAGUGAUCAUGUCAUCGUCACGGACUCAACUAGAUCCGUUACACUGUACAAGGUGUCAGACCAGAAGCCGCUGGGCAGCUGGACUGUCAAACAAGGUCAGAGUCUGACCUGUGCAGCAGUCUUCAACCCACAAACCAAGGAAUAUGUGGUCAUCUCAGACAACAAGGUGAUCAGAAUUUGGAAGGAAGAAGACCUACUAUUAGAUAAGGCCUUCAAAGCAACUGUGUUAUCGGAUAUCUGGAGGGUCCAGUGUGUACAUGGAGGGGAGCCUGUGGUCUUGUUCCAGAGAGGAGCUGUGAGAUUGCUGGACUCUCUGCUUUCUGCUCCCCAGCAGCCCAUAGAGGAAUUCCUGGCUCCAGAAGAGGCCAUCAGGUGGAGUACCAACAUAGUGGCAGAGGCACAACAGUUUGUCAUCUUCACAACUGAACAGAAAGGAGAUCAUUUCAUCUACCUGCAGAGACUGAACCCUAACACCCUACAGAGGUACCGGCUGGAGAGAGAAGAGCCUGGUCUGGCCCCGCUCAGCUUCUCUGUCUCCUACAGGGAUAAACACAUCCGCCUGCUUUAUCUCUACCCAAACGGUCAUGUGUACCAGAGUGUAGUCUCUGUGCGGGGCCUGGGGACCGAAGAGGGGACUCAGGCCCUUCCGCUUCCCCGUAGCCUGAUGCUGGCUCUUCCUGUCGGCGACGGCCUUCUGGAGACAGCAUCAGCCCUGGUCCUGGAUGAAGCCCAUGUAGCUGUUGUGGGAGUUCCACAUCCCUCUGCUGGAGCUGGUAAAGACUUUCUCUGCAUCUGGAAUACCAAUUUCCAGACGCUUCAGGCAGGAAAAGAGAUGGCGGGUAAAAUCUAUGGGCAGCUAUGGUGUUAUUCCAACAAGUUAUUCAUUCCACAUGGGAAAGCCCUCUCUGUUAUACCGUUUGUUUGCCCUAAAUCUUCCCUGGCCUCUGCACUGGGGAAACUAAGGCAGGCCAAGACUGAAGAGUCCAAAUCUCCAGCUUGUGUACCAUCUUGGAAUAACAUUCUGCACGGAGAGAAAGCUCAGCCCUCAAGAACUGUGGAGACCAGGAAGACGAGAACAAACCGUAAGACCCAAUCAACACCUUGUUUAACAACUGACCAAGUUCUGGCGCUCAUCAAGACAGCACCAGUAGAAGAUGUCCAAAAAGAAGUGGAGGGGCUUCUUUCCCGAUCAGACAUCCAGGACUUACAACCCUCUGUGGGACAGCUAGUAUCAAUCCUUGUGUCCCGGAGCCUGGCUGAUCCAGCCUUCUACACCCCGAGCACCCUGGCACAACUCGUGAACACUCAGUGCCUCUGCCACAGUGCGUGUCCUGACCUCGUGCUGUUGGCCCUGGAGAGGAAGGAUUACUUUCUGUGUCAACUCUGCUUGCAGUUCUUCCCUGACAUCCCUGAAGCUGUCACCUGUGCCUGUCUUAAGGCCUUCAUCAGUAUGCCAGACGUCGAUGCAGAGAAAGCGAGCCUGGAACCCGACAGCGUCUCCUUCAUGGAAACCCUAAUCUCCAGGGAACGUGGCCCGGUUGGCUUGCAGAAUGGUUUUAGCCCCAACUCCUUUGACGAGGACCGCUCAGACGCCCUCAGUGGAGGCGGUGCCGUCAUAAAGGCCAGAGCGGAAAACAGGGAGAACACCUCAACUCCAUCAGAACAGAUCUGUCCAGUGGGCUUACACAAGGCGGUUCUUCUAAAUGAGGUCCUGCAGACGGCGUACAGCGAUACUUUCCUCCUCCCACACCUAAAGGAUCUCUCCUCCCAGCAUGUUGUUCUUUUCCUCCGGUACCUGCAGUUCCUCUACCUAAAAUAUUCCCAAGAUGCUUUCCCACAGAGGCAUGGAUUGAGAUCACCAAGUCUGACUCAGAUCAUGGAUUGGGUGUGCUUGGUGUUGGACGCCCAUUUCACAGUGCUAGUGAUGACUCCGGACGCCAAAGGCUUACUGCUGAACCUCCACAGCUUUGUUAAGUCUCAGGUGAGGCUGGUUUCUGAGCUUGGAAAGAUCGAGGGCAGCCUCCAAGAGCUCAAUAAGAUGAAAGUGAAGAAGGACAUCGGACAGUACUCCAUUGAAGUCAUUGAGCUGUUUUAGAAUGUGUACAGAAUACUUUUAAUAAACCUUUGAGCAUAUUGUCUCCUCCCAGCGUUUCACCUUAAUUGGUUUCAAGGUUGUUUACAUGUCUCGACUGGUAUUAUAAGUGCUUUUUGGCACAGAUGGUAGCCAUCAGAACUCAAGUUGCAUGAGUUUUACUGUUGGACGUUGAAUUGACUUGCCGAUGCUUUUGAACCGUUUUAAACUUGUUUAAGCUGAUGGAAAUUUGGCCAUUCAGAUAACAUGAAUUGCAUGAUUAAUUUAGACUGCUUAUAUGUCAACCUGGUUAAUAAUGGGUUUGUAAAAUACAUGUAAAAGCAACCUAAUAGAGCAGUGUGUUUAUGGUUUUUAACAUUCAUAAUGAGACUCAGCCUUUGAACACUUAACUGUGAGAGUGAAUGGCUGUAUUUCGUAUUUGUCCUACAGCUGAAUAUUUGUAAGUCUGUCAGCUCUGACUGUACUGGAUUUUCCACAGGAAAGCCUUUUUGUUUAAUACAAUUAUAUAACAAUGGAAACUGUUGAUCCGUGUGUGAAUUUUAUUUUUAUUAAAAAG